GUUUACACCACCCAUUUCACCUUGUAACUACAGAGAUGUCUUUGCAAACCAACAAGAAUGGGCCGGUGGCCAAGCGACAGUCGCUGAUAUCCAACUUUUUUGCGGCACCCGGCAAAAAACCCCAGAAAUUGGCCUCCAAUUCCCAGAUCGCCAACUAUUCUUCCCUCACCACGCCAGAGAAGAAGCUAGGCCUCAAGCGGUCAGACUCAAUUCUUUCCAGAGCGUCACAGAAUGAUGGAUUCGAAGAUAUUCAGAGUUCAGAUACAUCUUUCGACUCGCCGGAGAUCAACAACUUUCGAACCAAGGUUCUACCUGAAAAACAGCUUUCUCAAUCUACUGCCGGAUCGAUCAAGGCGCCACGUCUCAUGAAGCCUAAGGCGCCCCAACGGCCUUUGUCGCGUUCUUCUGGCACUUCUUCGUGUGGAUUUGAAACGUAUCUUUGAGAAGGGUCAGGUCUACGUUGCCCUUUCCAGAGCAGUGGACAAGGAUAAUCUUGAGAUUCGAAACUUUGAUCCACAAAAGAUUAUUGCUUCAGAUAAGGUCAAGCAGUUCUAUGAGCAGCUUGAGAAGGCUGCGUAGAAUAUUUAUUUAUCAAAUGCAUUUUUCCA